AUGUCCCUCCAAUCCUACAUCAACAAAAAAAUUCUCGUCCUCACGGUUGACGGCCGCACAUUAUUAGGAACGCUUCUAUCAACAGACCAACUUACAAACCUCGUCCUAUCUCAAACAGUUGAGAGAAUAAUCCGAACGCCGGAUGACCCUGAGCCUAGCACCGAGGUAGAGCACGGUCUUUACCUGAUACGAGGGGAUAACGUUGUUAUUUGUGGAGAGGUCGACGAGGAGAUUGACGGUAAAAUAGACUGGUCAAAGGUCAAGGGAGAGGUUGUUAGGAAUACUAAGAAUGCUUGA